AUGGCUGCUGUUACUCCUGCACCAAUAGUUCAAAUUCAUGCCCCCACCCACCUGCCAAUCAAACUCACAUCUUCCAAUUUUCUUAUUUGGAUGAAACAAGUGGAGUCUACUCUCAUAGGGCUAGACCUUGUGAGCUAUGUCACUGGUUCAACGGUUGCACCGGAGAAGUUUUCUGAUCAGGCACAUACUACCGUAAACCCGGCCUAUACGGCUUGGUUUAGACAGGAUCAGACUAUCAUAAGUGCCAUUUUGGGCAGCUUGUCGGACACUCUACAACCCAUUAUUUCCUCUGCAUCAUCUGCAUGUGAUGCAUGGACCCGCCUAUCCACCAAUUGCGCCGCCGCUUCUCGGAGUCGUAUCGUUUCGCUAAAGGCGAAGCUAGCGAAGAAUCCUAAAGGCAACAGGUCUAUUGAAACCUAUAUGCGGGAGAUGAGAGCGAUUGCGGAUGAUUUGGCCCUCGCGCAAAGCCCGGUUACUGAAGAGGAUCUUGUGGUGCAUAUUUUCACGCAAUUGGGUGACGAGUACAAUUAUAUUGUCACUGCGCUACGUGUACGUACAGACACCGUCUCAUACGGCGAGUUCCACGAUGUACUCACAGACUAUGAAAGAAUACUACGGGACAAUGAAACUGUUGCACAGGUUCAUAUGCCUACCGCUAAUGCAACACAGCGGCGCUUCAAUAGUCCCCAUGGCGCUCAGUCUCAGAAUAACCGGCGUGGCCGAGGUGGUUCCACCAUGUCCAACGGGCAACAAUACCAAACGAAGAACACUGGUAAUCGGUCUGCUACGUUCUGUAACUAUUGCGAAUACCCUGGACAUGACACAAAGUUCUGUCGGAAACUUGCAAAAUUCUUAAGGGAAAACAAUGUUGCUGUUGUCGAGCCAUUUUUCCCAAAAGAACUUGAAUAA